AUGGCUUCCCAUUGGUGUGACUUGUGUGGUCAUUUUUCAACAGAGUUUGGAGUUAAGCACUGCAAAGUAACUCCAUACCAUCCCGAAGCAAAUGUUGAGGUUGAACAGUUUAACCGCACCUGGAAGAAAACUAUUCAAGCUGCCAUUGCCGAUGGCAAAAACUGGCACACUGUGCUUGAAAAUUUUCUGUUAGCAUAUCGAACAACACCGCAUGCUACUACUGGUAUCGCACCUUUUGAAUUGAUGUUUGGACGCAUGAGUCGGGCGCUGAUACAACAACAGACGAGGAAUCGGAUGAUCAAACCAUACCAUACCAAGAAUCUGAUUCGGAGGAAGAUCUUUUUAUUCCGGAACCAAAGAACAAACAUUUAA